AUGCCAGCCACAAAUAAUAGUACAGCAACCACCACCAACUGCAGCAGUAAAACCAUCAAAAACUACCACCAUCAUCAGCUGACACAACACAACCCUCACCAGCAGCAGAAAAACCAGCACCGACUGAAGCAAGACAAUCCUCAUCAGAUGUGGCACGAGCUACAGAUUCAGCAACAUAAUCUCAAUAAACAGCAGAACCACCAUCAUCGGAGACAACAACAUAGCCUCUAUCACAAGUGGUGGCAGCAUCAGCAUUAUCAGGAUCAGGACUAUCAUCAUCACAUGAACAAGCAACAAGGGAAGAAGCAACAACAUAAGAACCAACAUGAACAGAAGAAACAACAGAAGAACCAACAACACGAACAGAAGAAACAACAGAAGAAUCAAUAG